GUAAAGACGGCUAUAUUGAUCUGUCUGUCGUCGACUACAUGCAUGGCAACCGAUCGUUACAGAGAAAGCACGAAUACUCGACCGCUACACGGUCAGAGUACGGAUACUCGACCCGUGUUUUAUGUGAAAACAAUAACGAUAGUGUCGGCGGACAACACACUAGUGAACGAUCGAGUAGCUACCUGGAGGAGAAUCACUAUGCAGCACGCAUUUUCUCCAAUACCCGCUUGGGUCAGAUUCUGCUUUUAUGGGAUGCAUGGAUUGCUGGACGAAAUAGUCUUCACAGCCUUGUUUGACCUGGUCUUUCACGGCAAUCGUGAGCUGCGAGGACAUUCUUCCAUUUUCUCCUUUUUUAUUUUCGGCUCAGUAUGUUUUGCGGUGGAGCAGCUGUAUAAGCGUAAGUUGAAGAAGAGCGUGCCGCGCGUGCUGCGCGUGCUGUUGUACCUGUGUAUUCUGUACACGUGGGAAUUCUGCACGGGCUUCGUCUUGCGUCAGUUCGACGCCUGCUCGUGGGACUACAGCCACUACGACUACAACGUGAUGGGGCUCAUCACGCUCGAGUACGCGCCGGGCUGGAUCAUCUUGUGCACGUGGCAGGACGUAAUGGCGGAUUUCCUACUCGCCCUGCACGUCAAUGUUUCAUUUGACAAGUCUGCCUAGAAAACAACAUGGUGGAUCGUUUGUAGUAUCAAGACACUGGAAUCCGUUGUUCCAGUCCGACGUUUACAUUCCAGCAAAAGGCUAUGCAAUAAUAGUGAUACGCAAUAGUUGACAAUACUGUUGGUAUGGAAUAGUUAGCAAUAAUAAUGAUACGCAAUAGUUGACAAUACUGUUGGUAUGGAAUAGUUAGCAGUAAUAAUGAUACGCAAUAGCUGACAACACUGUUGACUAACAUUAGUUUAAAAACACUUGUUCGAUUAUCACAAGAUAAAAAUAAACUUUCUUCCCUUCAUAUUCUGAAAUUAUUAAUAAGAGAAGUAAAAGUUACCAACUUACCAAACUAUUACCGAACUAUUGCCGAACUAAUGCAUAUUCGUUAAUGCCACGAUUUUGGCCGUCUCGUAUAGGUAAUUCUUCACUACACAGCCAGUGCACCACGACUGGUAUAUCAAAGGCCGUGGUAUGUGCUAUCCUGUCUGUGGGAUGGUGCAUUUAAAGCAUCCCUUGUUACUAAUGGAAAAACUGUAGCAGGCUUCCUCUCUAAGACUAUAUGUCAAAACUACCAAAUGUUUGACAUCCAAUAGCCGAAGAUUAAUAAAUCAAUGUGCUCUAGUGGUGUCGUUAAACAAAAACAAACUUUAACUUCACAGUGUUGGGGACAGAACUCUUAGCAGAUACUUAACAGUGAAACCCCUUCCAUUUGAACUGGAAAUAAGGCGACUGUCAUAAUUUUAUAGAAAUAUUAUCAAGUACUUUGUCACAUACGCAUUAGUUCGUUUGAUUGGUGUUUUUUACUUGUUUAAUAUACAGAUAUAUAAUUUCAGAAUUUGAAAAAUAAAAUAUAGCUUAUAUUUAUCAUCCGGUAAUCGAGCACUGGUUUAAAAUGCCUGUUGAUGUAAUAUAUCAAUAUAUAAAUUCCUUAAUAAAUAUC